AUGGUGAGGAUUCAGAGGUAUCACCUAGAUGAUGCUGUCAAGUUGUCUCUUGCAGAGGAUAACAGCAGCAGCAAUACUGAUAUAAAGAACAAAACUGUCAUAAUGGAGUUUAUCCUGGUUGGACUAUCUGCAACAAUGGACAUGCAGACACUUCUCUUCUGGGUAUUCAUAUGCAUCUAUGCUAUAGCCCUAAUUGCCAACUUUAUCCUCAUCCUUAACAUAUGCACUUUCAGAAAACUCCACACUCCCAUGUACUUCUUCAUUGUCAAUUUGUCCUUAGUAAAUUUAUUCUCCAUUUCAGUUACAACACCGAAAUUGCUCCAGAGUCUCUGGACUGGAAAAAAGACCAUCUCAUUUUAUGGUUGCAUUGCACAGGUCUAUUUGUUUAUAUGGGCUUUGGGGACAGAACUUCUGCUUCUCUCCUUUAUGGCUUUUGAUCGCUAUGCUGCUAUUUGUCACCCUUUCCAAUACCCUAUGAUCAUGAGGAAGGAAGUCUGUUUCGGCAUAGCAAGCAUUGUAUGGAUUGCUGGAAUGAUUGAUUCUGUUGUCCAUGCUGGUCUUGUGAUGCAGCUCUCUUUUUGUAAUUCCAAUAUUAUCAAUCAUUUCUUCUGUGACUUACCAGCAUUAUUAUACCUCUCAUGCUCAGAUACAAGUCUAAAUGAAUCUAUGGAAUUUACUGCAGCCAUGAUAUUUGGGUUUGUUUGUUGUGGGUUGACUCUAACAUCAUAUUUUUUGAUAAUAAGAGCUAUCUGCAGAAUCCGUUCCACUGAAGGGAAGAAGAAAGCAUUCUCCACCUGCUCCUCACAUUUUAUUGUAGUCAGUAUUUUCUACUCCUCAUCCAUCUACAUUUAUAUCAGACCCUCUUCAGACUACUCUCUUGACCAAGAUAAGCUAAUUUCUCUCCUUUAUACAGUUGUCACUCCUGUUGUGAAUCCAGUCAUAUAUUCACUGAGAAACAAGGAGUUUAAGGAAGGAGUGAGAGCACUCAUAGCAAGAGUCAGGCUGUUCUGUAGACUUCAGUAUUGA